GGAAGGCUGCAGAUGGUGUGCCCUUUCCUUCUGAAUGCCUCAGUAUGUAUUUGCUGAGAACAAGUUCAGCACCGAUCCCAUGUUAUGUAAUCUGUCCAUACUCAGAGUUGUUCAUAUUGUGAACAGUAGUGGGAGAGCUUUAUCGUGAAAAAAGCAGCCCUGGGUACAGGGGUGUCUUCUUGUUGUACAGCCUCGGAGAGGAGUGAGCAGGAAUCUGGGGACAUGAGUGCUAAGGGUGAGGAGUCACCAGCUCCUUAUGUCUCUACAGAACCAGAGUGAGGGCAGCAAAAACUACCCGGCAACGAUGUCAGCAGAAGUGGAGACCUCCGAGGGGGUGGAUGAGUCAGAGAAAAAGAACUCCGUGGCUCCAGAAAAGGAAAACCACACCAGAAUGGCUGACCUCUCUGAACUCCUGAAGGAAGGGACCAAAGAAGCACACGACCGGGCAGAGAAUACCCAGUUUGUCAAGGACUUCUUGAAAGGCAACAUUAAGAAGGAGCUGUUUAAGCUGGCCACUACUGCACUUUACUUCACCUACUCGGCUCUUGAGGAAGAAAUGGACCGAAACAAGGAUCACCCAGCCUUUGCCCCCUUGUAUUUCCCUGUGGAGCUGCAUCGGAAGGAGGCGCUCACCAAGGACAUGGAGUAUUUCUUUGGUGAAAACUGGAAGGAGCAGGUGAAAUGCUCCGAGGCUGCCCAGAAGUAUGUGGAGCGGAUCCACUACAUAGGGCAGAAUGAGCCAGAGCUGCUGGUGGCCCAUGCUUAUACUCGUUACAUGGGGGACCUCUCGGGGGGCCAGGUGCUGAAGAAAGUGGCCCAGCGGGCACUGAAACUGCCCAGCACUGGGGAAGGGACCCAGUUCUACCUGUUUGAGAAUGUGGACAAUGCCCAGCAGUUCAAGCAGUUCUACCGGGCCAGGAUGAAUGCCCUGGACCUGAACCUGAAGACCAAAGAGAGGAUCGUGGAGGAGGCUAACAAGGCCUUUGAGUACAACAUGCAGGUAUUCAGUGAACUGGACCAGGCUGGCUCCAUGCUGGCCAGAGAGACCCUGGAGGAUGGGCUUCCCAUGCAUGAUGGGAAGGGUGAUGUGCGUAAAUGCCCCUUCUAUGCUGCUCAGCAAGACAAAGGUGCCCUGGAGGGCAGCAGCUGCCCCUUCCGGACAGCCGUGGCUGUACUGAGGAAGCCCAGCCUCCAGUUCAUUCUGGCUGCCAGCGUGGCCCUGGCUGCUGGACUCUUGGCCUGGUACUACAUGUGAAGGACCUGUCAUACCAUGCUGGCUCCCUCCUCCCAAGUAACCACUUUCCCACCCCCAUCUCCACCCCCAACUAAACUACCACCUCAGGUGAUUUUUUUAAAUGCUGGGUUUAAAAAAACAACCAAUAAAAGCCAGACACUAGA